UCUCUCUUCUUUUCUAUUUGGUUAUCGCAACGAAACGCUGUCGUGUGCUUAACCCUUUUCUUUCAGAAAAACUCUCUCUUUGUCUGUCAAGCAAGCGUCUCCCUUGUUCCACUCUCUCGCUCUCCUGUAAAGAAAGCAAAAAUCUUUCCAAGUAUUGUUAUAUUUUAUCAAAAAUUCGUUUUUGUGGUGUAGUUUUAAGCAGCGGCAGAAGUCCACUUCGCGAGUAACAAUUGUAUCCUGUGAUAGUCCAUAAGGUAAUGAAAACUACUCUUUAUGGCUUCGAAACUCAUUCGAAUCGCAUCCUACGAAGCUGAAAAUCAGCUAGAACUCUCUCUAAGACAAGCUUUUGACCUUCUCGAAUCGAAUCUAAGACCCCCUUUUCCGUUAACUAUCCCAAACCCCCAAGAAUACACUCUGCUUAAUCAAGCUAUUCUUUAUGGUGUUUUAAUCGAACCCCAUUUCGCCAAAAUCCAUAUCAAGCACUUACAUGCUAUUGUCAUUGAUGGGUACAAGCUGUUUUCAAAUUUACUUGUUGGAAUUGUUAACGAAUUGUAUGGAAAGCUUGUUGAUUCAGUUAAAGAUCAGUUAAUUUGGGUUACUAAAGAAAUGAUUGAUGUUUCCGCUGUAGGGAUUGAUAGUUUGUUAGUGUGUUUAUUGAGGCAAAUUGUUGGUGGUGAUUUUAGUGAUGGGAAUCUUUGGUUAUGUUUCGAGUUAGUGAGUCUUUGUUUAAGUAAAUGGGAUUGUUUGUUACAAGAAGAGCCUAUAGUUUUGACUAGUGCAUUGUAUACAUUUCUUCGGUUAUUAGCUGAUCAUUGUAGGGUGUUGAGUAAUCCGAAGCUAGAGAUGUUGAGGCAAUUGGAGAUUGAGUUUUGUGUCAAAAUGUUGAGGGAGCAGUUUUGUCUUUGUUUGAAGAUAGGGAGGGACCUUGUUCGAUUAUUACAAGAUUUGGUUCAUAUACCUGAGUUUAAAUCAAUAUGGAAGGAUUUGGUUUUGAAUCCAACUGAGUUUAGAACUUCUGAGUAUUCGGAUAUUUCACAGUUGUAUUGCAUAAGGACUUCGAGUCGUUACUUUUUACUCCGGAUCACUCCUGAAAUGGAAACACAAUUGCGGUUUUUACUCUCACAUGUGAUGCUUGGGAGCCAGAAGCGAUAUCAGACAUGGUUUGCAAAGAAAUUUCUUUUAGGGCCAGAGAGAGAGAGUCUUGUUGUUGAUAUUGUCCGGUUCAUUUGCUGUGCACACCACCCGCCUAAUGAAAUUAUUCAGUCAAAUGUUAUUCCCAGAUGGGCUGUUAUUGGUUGGCUACUAAAAUGUUGUAGGAAGAAUUAUAUUGAAGCUAAUGGGAAGCUAGCAUUGUUUUAUGAUUGGCUCUUUUUCAAUGAAAAAAUGGACAAUGUUAUGAAUAUUGAACCUGCAGUGCUAUUGAUGGUAUGCUCCUUGCCUAAAUAUAUUGACUUCACUCACUCCCUUCUUGAGUUUCUGCUUCUUCUUGUGGACAACUAUGAUUUGGACCACAAAAACAUUAUAGUUAGGGGUGUAUCAUCAGCUUUUAAUACACUUGUUCUGAAAGGAGUGGUACAUUCGUUGGAUGUUUUGAUCCAUUGUGAUGCACUUUCUUCUUCUAUAAGAGAAAGCCUUCAGAAUUUAUUGUUGAGUUCUCAAGCUAAAGUUCCUAGUGAUUUGCUUCUAGUUGAUCUUCCUGAUCACUCUACACCAUCCUUGAGUUUGCCUGAUGUGUCAUGUCUGGGAACCCCUACCCCAUCCCUGAAGGAGCAAUUUACUUGUGAAAGGAAAGAUGGAUUAAGCACCAGAGCUGCGGUUGCUUCUGUUCCAGCUUUAGAUAAUUCAGUUACUACAUCUACUUUGCAUGUUGUUGCUAAUGACAAUGAAGUAGAUGCUACUGAGAGAUUAGAUGAAAGGCUUCAAACUUUGGAGGGAAUUCUUUUGUCAUUUGUGAAUCAAUGUAAUCAGAGAUCAACUGGUAAUUUGAUAUGCCGUGAGGAUCUAUCAUCUAAGAUAGCAAAGGAAUUUGAGUCAAAUGGAUACCAACUCUUUACUUCUCUUGGCAGUCUUUGUGAUAUUGCUGACUGUGAUGAUGAAAUUGGUUCUGCCACAGCAUUAAUUAUUCGUACUUUCAUCUUUUCUCAGAAUAAAAGGGUAGAGGAAAUGCUUGUGCUCUGGGCAAGGAAUGCUCUUCCAGUUGGUGCACGUUUAUUAUCUUAUGCAUCGAGACUAGCAUAUGAGGCAAAUGCAACAGGUUGUUUGGGAAAUGCAGUUUCUGUGGAUAAAGUAAGUGAGUCAGGGAUGCCAUUGUUGGCAUAUCAUUUUGAUGGAUAUUUUAAUUUUCUUAACAGAAGAAAAGGAGAUUCCUCUGAUGGCUUCCUUUCUUCUUCUGAAAUGGGUGAGAAGUCCAUUGCUGAUUUGGUCAGUAGUGCUUUUACUGCUUACAAGUGUUUUCUUUUGUCCUCGAGAACCAUCUUAGACAAAGAAACAGAUACCAUUCCAUCAAAGCUCCUCUCUUCUGACUUAAAGGAAUGUUCUGAUUGGAAAAGGAUAAAAGCAAAAUAUUUAUUGUCCAGCGUCUUUUGUUAUCUUUCAGAUUUAGCCAUUGGUGAGGAAGACAUUAUCAGAUUGCUCAUAGAAAAAUUAGAUUAUGCAGAUCUUACGGAAAUGCAGUUUGAAAUUGGCUUGAAGAAGUUCUCUUUAUUUGGAGGCAAUCCUAAGCCUGUUUUCCAUUUAAUUAAGAACUCUCUCAAUUGGAACUGUCUUGAGCAGCAUAAAUUCUGGGGCUUGGUUAGAUCAGAGCUUUCGGUUUCUGAGGUUCGGGUUGAGAAGAUCAUUUUAGAAUUUUUCUGCUCCAGUGAAAUAGAUGCAAACCUUUGUGCUAUAGCAGUCGGAGGCCUUCUGACUCUCUGCAGUUCUUGUGCACCUAAACCAGAACUUGUCGGUGCCAUCAUGUCUUUGCCUAAUAAUUUGUUCCAGGACUUUGCUGCAGCUGCUUUGGCUACAUGGGCUGUGUCUAACACCUCAAUGCUAUUUGACAGCUUAACUGUGUUUGCAGAGAAACUUAGAAAUAAAAGCACAGAUUCCACUUUCUUGAAUUCAACUGAGAUUAUGAUCAACCAAUCUGCCAUUUUAUGGCUGUUGAACUACUUUAAUGCACAAGGGAUGAAUGGGUCCAACAUGUUGAGCAACUUUUGCCCCAACAUUUAAGGAAGUCAAGAGGGUGGGUUUGAGCCAGGAAUGCACCUUGUCCCUGCCUCCAGUUUCUAAAUUAGAGGUGGCAAUCAGUCUGGUCAGGGUGGGUUCUGAUAAGGUCAUUUUGGAUUCUAGCUGCUUCUGGGUACGGGUCUUUUUGAGUUUGGGUCAGUUUGGGUUCAGGCUACUCAAGUUAUUUUUUAAGAUUUUAAGAGAUAAUCAUUUAGCAUGCUUUUUGAGACUGGUUCGAGUUCGGGUUCGGGUCCUUUCAGAUUUGGGUUUUUUCAGGUUCUGGCUGUUUUGUUUUCUCAUUUUCUCGGGUUUGGGUCUUUGACUUUUUUGAUCAAACCAAUGCCGAACGAGUUCAGACUUUUUGGGCAGGUUUUUGGAUUCGGGUUAUGCCACCUGUACCCAAAAUAUUGGCAAUAUUUUGGACUGAAAAGCCAUCAUGAUGGAAGCAGAAUAUGUAAGCCAUAUAGGUUGCGGCCUAUCUGGAAGCCUAUCUGCCACAGAUAUCCUCUGCCCGAGGAAAAGUAUCAGUCCUCAUCACUUAUAGAUAAUGACAGAUCACUGGAUUUGAGAUGAACUUUGAAGAGAAAUUAAAUGGUUUUCGAAACUAUGAAUGCAGUUGAAGCAGUUUAGUGAGAAACAAGCUGAACAAUGGUGGGCAGAGAACACUCAGAGCGAGAGUAUAUGAGCAAUACUUUGUUUUUAUGAUUGUCGAGUCUAGUGUUGGUGUUGGGACUGAGAACUUGGCUCAUUAACACAAUGAAAUAACCACUUGGCUCUGGUCUUUUCACGAUUUUGAUCCCAAUUAUUGGGAUCCCAAUUGAUCACUUAUAUUCAUCAAAAGAUGAGGGAAGCAGAAAUUGUACUAGUGAGACAACUUUGAUAGGUUUAAUAGGAUUUUCUUUUUGGCUAAAAUAUUAAAUGAAUCUAUGAACUUUU